AUGAACGAUAUACGAGGGCCAGGCGAGCUCAACUUUGAAUCGACCAACUUGUCUGAAGCUUGGGCAAAAUGGAAAAGAAGUAUGCAGUAUUAUCUAGUCGCGACAUGCAAGGACAGAAGCGAAGACGAGAAAGUCGCUAUUUUUAUGUGCAUGAUUGGCAGACAAGGACAAGACAUCAGAGAUACAUUCGAACUUGAUGAAGACAAAGACGGUGAAGAAAUCGUGACAGUGGAAAUACUAAUUCAGAAGUUCGAGCAGUACUGCAAACCAAGGAAAAAUCUAAUCGUUGAGCGACAUCGAUUUCUAACGAGAAAUCAAGAACAGUCUGAGACAAUCGACCAAUAUGUGACUGAACUCAAGACUCUGGCUACAAGCUGUGAGUGGGGCGACAUUAAGGACGAUUUAAUCUGCAGUAGAAUCGUAAGCGGGAUCGUUUCGACUAGAGUCAGAGAAAGGCUUCUUCGAGAACCCAAAUUAAAGCUUACACGAGCGAUUGAAAUAUGUCAAGCAGACGAAUUGUCAUUACAACAAUUAAAGCUAUUCAACAACGAUAAAGAAGUCGGGGCAAUUAACAAAACACGUCAACCGCGACGGAAAUAUAUCCCGAAAAACAACCCAGAAACUAGAAAGCCAAGACAAGAUCGAGACGAAAGCAAAACCUGGAAGACUUGUACGAAUUGUGGAAAUAAGCAUCCAAAGCAAAAGUGCCCAGCGUUUGGUCGACAGUGCAACAAAUGCAAGAAAUUCAAUCACUAUGCAAAGAUGUGUCGCUCAAGCGGAAAAUUAGAUGCAAUCGAGACAAAAUAUUCAAAACCUGAUGAAACCGGCGAUGAUUUUCUAUUUCUUGACACAAUAACAGCCGCCGUAGACGAGACAAAAACACAAAGUCAAAAUCAAGCAGAAUAUGCGACCCUGUCGGUGAACAACACUGAAGUUAAGUUAAAAUUGGACACUGGGGCAGAAGUGAACGUUAUUCCAAUCAAAACUUACAAAGCCCUAGCGACCACCACAAGAAUACAGCUUAGAAAACCAACAGUUAAUCUCGUUGCGUACAACGGCAAGCCAGUCCCCGUGAAAGCUGUGUGUAACUUGCAGUGCAAGUAUCGAGGAGAAGAGUACGAUCUGGAGUUCUACAUAUCCGAAUCACCCAGUGAGCCAGUACUCAGCAUAGCAGCCUGCAAAGAAUUAAACCUCGUCAAAUUUACUCAGGAAUUGAAAUCAGAAUUGGUAGACGGUAGUUUUUCGAUGACAACACAGCAAGUUUCAGAAGACGAAUACUCAAAACAAAUUCGAAAAGAAUAUGCUGAUGUAUUUUCUGGAUUAGGCCGUCUCUCUAGACCGUAUCAUAUGGAAGUAGAUCCCAUGGCAGACCCGGUCAUACAUCCGCCACGCAAAGUUCCACACCCUCUGAGAGAUCAACUAGCUGAAACCUUAGAAAAUAUGGUGAAACAAGGCGUUUUGCAAAAGGUCGAUGGUCCGUCUGAUUGGGUUAACUCAAUGGUAGUGGUCCAGAAAAAAGAUGGAAGUCUGCGUAUCUGCAUCGAUCCUAAAGAUCUAAAUCGGGCGUUGAAAAGAGAGCACUAUCAACUUCCAACAAUCGAAGAAAUUACAGCUCGAAUGCCAGGGGCACGGUAUUUUUCCACGUUAGAUGCAAGAUCGGGUUAUUGGCAGAUACCCCUCGACGAAGAAAGUUCCAAACUCACAACUUUCAACACGCCAUUUGGUCGUUUCCGUUUUACCCGCAUGCCAUUUGGAAUCCGAAGUGCCCAGGAAGUAUUUCACAAACGAGUACAUGAAAUAUUCGAAGAUAUUCGUGGAGUGGAGACUGAUAUUGACGACAUUCUCGUGUGGGGAAGAACACUUCAAGAACACGACGAGCGCCUAAAGGCAACGUUGGAAAGAGCAAGAGAAUGCAAUCUAAAGUUCAAGUUAGAGAAGUGCCACUUCAGGUCCACGAGUGUUGUUUACAUCGGACAUAAGCUUACAUCGGAAGGAAUCAAACCUGAUCCACAGAAAAUAGAAGCAAUCGUGAACAUGCCAGAACCACAUGACAAGAAGGGAGUUCAAAGGCUUCUCGGUAUGGUGAAUUACGUGGGUAAAUUCGUACCGAACCUGUCAGAAAUCACGUCACCACUGCGAGAAUUGCUCAAGAAUGAUGUGUCGUGGCAUUGGUCAGAAAGACAUGCAAGUGCUUUCGAAAAGAUCAAAACCAUUCUUACAAAUACAGAGCAUGGAAUCUUAACCUACUAUGAUGUGACGAAACCAGUAAAGCUUCAGGUCGACGCCUCAAAAUCCGGGUUGGGAGCGGUACUUACCCAAUCGAACAUGCCAGUUGCAUAUGCCUCGAGAUCUCUAACACCGGCUGAGACUAGAUAUGCUCAGAUAGAAAAAGAACUCUUGGCAGUCGUGUUCGGGUGCAAUCGUUUCUAUCAGUAUAUCUAUGGCAAGCAAAUUAUAGUUGAAUCAGAUCAUCAGCCUCUCGAAGCCAUUAUGAAGAAACCACUGGAUAAAUCGCCAAUCCGCUUGCAAAGAAUGCUGCUGAAUCUACAAAGUUAUGAUGUUGAGAUAAAAUACAAACCUGGCAAGGAACUAUAUUUAGCUGAUACGCUGUCGAGAGCCCAUCUAUCUAAUUGCAAAUCCGAAGAAGAAACACUGGAUUUGGAGUGUCAAGCAAUUUCCAUGAUUUCAUCACUAGCUGUAUCGGAUGACAAGUUAAGGGAGAUUAAGGAAGAAACGAAGAAAGAUGGGACAAUGCAAACACUAGUAAAAUUUAUCAAUGAAGGCUGGCCAAGUCACAAAGAUCGUCUCCCAAAGUCAUUACAGCCACUAUGGAACUACAGAGAAGAGCUGACGGAAAUCGAAGGCGUGGUAUUCAAGAGUGAUAAGAUUUUCAUUCCACCCUCGCUACGAGAAAAUGUUCUGAAGAAGAUUCAUCAAAGUCACAUGGGUAUUGAGAGAAGUAAACAACGUGCUCGUGAAUUAGUUUUUUGGCCAGGCAUAAACAAAGAGAUCGAGUCAGUCGUCAAGAAUUGUUCUGUCUGUGCCGAGUACAGAUGCAGCAGUCAGAAAGAGCCAAUGUUUCCGCACGAAAUUCCCAAAUAUCCAUGGCAGAUCGUAGCAACUGAUAUGUUUUUCUGGAACGGUGAUGAUUAUCUACUGGUUGUUGACUAUUACAGCAGAUUCUGGGAGAUGUUCAAGGUCUCAAACACAAAAAGCUCCACAAUAAUCGCCAAGAUGAAAACCCUUUUCGCAAGACAUGGGGUGCCAGAAGUGGUUAAAUCCGAUAAUGGUCCACAGUAUUCAUCUGGGGAGUUCACCGAAUUCGCCAAAACGUGGGGUUUUAGACAUGUAACUUCGAGUCCUUUGUAUCCACAGUCGAACGGCCUAGCGGAAAGAACUGUUCGAACAGCGAAAUCAAUUCUAACGAAAGCUCGAAGAGAUCAUCAGGAUCCAAAUUUAGCUAUAUUGGAACAUCGAAAUACGCCGAUCAACGACGUUGGAUCACCAGCGAGAUUGAGUAUGGGAAGAAGACUUCGGUCAAGUAUGCCAUCCUCAACUGAUCAGCUCCUUCCAAAGACGGUGAAUCCAGCAAUAGUCCAGACGAGGCUCAAACAAAAGCAAGCGCAACAGAAAAAAUACUAUGACAGAUCAUCGAGACCCUUGGAACAUUUAUCUGAAGGCGAUGAUGUUUACGUUCAGCACGAGGGUAGAUGGAAACCUGCUAUUAUCACAAGCAAAGCGGGAACUCCAAGAAGUUUCAAUAUUAUGACAGAAGAUGGUGCCCAAUAUCGAAGAAACAGAAUACAUCUGAGGAAAGCUUAUGAUCGAGUUUCGCAGUCCUCGUCUCCUGAGAAGUCAACCGAAAGUCCAUCGAAAGAAGAAAUCAAGGUUAACUCGCCGAUUAGAAAUGAACAAUUACAGUAUCAAGAAACAAGAGAAGACAACAAAGAAAUCCUUAGUUCUACCGGUGAGACAGCAUCGCCAGUAAAAACAAGAUCAGGACGGAUGAUAAGGAAGCCAACUCGGUAUAGGGACUAUGUUUAA